AUUUUGUGAUUUCUUCAGAAGAUUGGCUUCCAGAUCACUGUGGACAAGACCCAAGAUGCAGUCCUCAGCAGAACCACAUGGACAGGUUCCAAGGGGUCAGGAUGUAAACGUGUCUUAUUUGGCAGCCACGCUUCAACCGUCAGCUGGCAGCAUCAACUAUUUGGAAACCCGGGAUGAGUUCCUGCAGUUGGCCGAACAUGAUUCAAAGUGAUCUUCAAGGACCAUGAAGAGGUUCUGGAAUGCCACGCCUGCCCAGUGGAGGAAGCGCUCCAUAAGUUGCCUGUGGGGUUUCAUGCAGGGACAUGCAGUACCGGAAAGCACUGCAGCAGCUGUUGGGCAAGCAGCCGUCACAGAGUAAACCACUAUUUCAUACCAAGAGAUUGUGAGCUGCAGUUCUGGCUGAGUCCUGGGCUUCUCAUGAAUAUGAAGUAAAGAAAGGGCUCUGACCCAGAAAGUGGUUCUGAGCAGGGUAAAAUGGGGUCUCGGAAAUGUGGAGGCUGCCUAAGUGGUCUGCUGAUUCCGCUUGCACUUUGGAGUAUAAUUGUGAAUAUAUUACUGUAUUUCCCAAAUGGGCAAACUUCGUAUGCAUCCAGCAAUAAACUCACCAACUACGUGUGGUAUUUUGAAGGAAUCUGUUUCUCAGGUGUCAUGAUGCUUAUGGUAGCAGUAGUUCUUCUUGUACUGGAGAAUGAUAACAAUUGCAAAUGUUGCCAGAGUGAGAACUGCAGCAAAAACUACAUGACACUGCUGUCAAUGAUUUUUUCUGCCCUUGGAAUUGCUUUCUCUGGAUACUGCCUGGUCAUAUCUGCUCUGGGCCUUGUUCAGGGUCCAUACUGCCGCACUCUCGAUGGCUGGGAGUAUGCCUUUGAAGGCACUGCUGGACGUUUCCUUACAGAUUCCAGCAUAUGGAUUCAGUGCCUGGAACCUGCACAUGUAGUGGAGUGGAACAUCAUUUUGUUUUCCAUUCUCAUAGCUCUCAGUGGGCUUCAGGUGAUCGUUUGCCUCAUCAGAGUAGGCACCCAGUUAUCCAAGAUACUGUGUGGAAACUAUUCAGUCAUCGUCCAGCCUGGACUCAUUUGAAUAAGGACAAGAAAGUUUUCCAUUAUCAAGAUACACCAUCUGUUUGUCUCAUAUGUACUAUAUAGACUUAAGGGCGAUAUUCCAGUGAUGGUGUUUUCUCCAUUUGGUGUUUAUUAUGCUACUUAUGAAAUUUACAGUCCUCACUGAAUGUGCCAACUAUGCUACCUUUCCAUUUAGAAUAUUUUUCUAAGCAAUAUGUGUCAGGAUCUUCAGAAAUUUUUAAACCCUUUGGUCAAUCAAAUCCAUUUCCAAUAAUCCAUACUAUGGAAAUAAAUAAGAAUAGAAGAUAAGACUUUAUCCAAAUAUAAGUAAUACAGUAUUAUUUAAUACUCUGGAAAGUCAAUAAUACUCAACAGUCUGACUUUAAGGGAAGAAUUAAAUAAAGAGCAGUACAUUAGUUGUAGUAUUAUACAGUCAUUACAAAGUAUGUUACACAAUCAUUAAAAAUUAUAUUUUUAAGAUGAUGAAUACUGUUAAUUUAAAAAGCAGAUUAUAAAUUCAUGUUUACAGUAUAAGUAUAACCAUCUAAAAUAAAUACCAAAUAAUCAAAUUUACAAAUCUAGAAGGAUUUUCAGAAAAAUCCAAUUGUCAUUGACUUGGCUCAUAGGUGACCUUUCCUACUUUUCUAUAUUUUCCAAAUUUUCUUUAUUAUGUUUUAUAAUUAAAACACAUUUUAAAAUUCAUGUUUUUACCAUUAAGAUUUUUGCUUUUUUCCCAACCUUUAAAGACAUAUGCUUUUUCCAUAUGUUUUCCUACCUUGAAUAUCUAUAAAUAUCAUAAAGUAAUAUUUAAUGUUCAGUAAGGAAACUAGUGAGAUAGGUAAGACAAAAGUUUUAUAUAAACUGAUAUAAUCUUACUGAGCUGUUAGCCUAAUUUUCUCACUCCUGAUGUUGCGUGUGGUGGACUACAAGAGGUAGCCUUGAAAUAAACAAUCAGUUGAGGACAUGCUCAAUGGGUUAAAGAAAGUGACCAUUGAUCAGUUGAUACCUAUAUUAUGGGCAGUUACCACUACCUCUAUUUAUAAAAAAAAAUUUAAGUAAAACAUUUAGAAACUUUCUACCUAUACUUACCAUGACCUCUUUGAGAACAGAAGCUAUGCUUUAUAUUUCUCAUCAUCCAUUGGACAUAGCAUAAAGUGGGCAUAGUAGACACUCAUUGUUGGAUAUUCAUGCCAAGCCCUUCUGCCCUUCAUGGCUGCUCUGCUGAACAACCGUCUCCAACAUAGGCCCACCAGGCCAUAACACUUCUGCCACUUCCCAAUUGCUCUCCUCUAUGAACACUGUCAAAAAUGCUCUGUCAACAGUUGCUUUGUGCCAAAGCUGGACAGUAGCCUGGAGGAAAGGGGAAAAUGCUUCUCUCUUUGGUUCCUGCUCCGCCUACAUCCUCUUUUGAGAGCAGCCGCCCUGUCCACAGUCUCUGCUGAUGUAAGUAAGCAUCUUGAAAGCAAGCCAUGUUGUAUAUCAGACGACCUCCAUGCCCUGGACCCAGGUGAAGGAACCGGGAUGGGCACCAAAGCCAUACUAACUCUGACUGAGCAAAGAGUGAAACACUAUCCAAAUGAGAUUAGUGGUCAUCCUCACUUGAGAACAUCAACUAGGAAGCCGAGAAUGAAGCAACCCAGUCAUUGUUGUCAGGAAAAUAAUUAAAGGAUGAGAAUGGAUGCCAAAAUACAAAUAGUAUCUGAUUACUCCACCAAACCCAUAAACUUGUCAUAUCCAGCACCCUCUCUUCUUAGGUCUUCCAAUGACUCCUCAGUCCUCUUGUCAACAGACUUCUAGCAGGCCAACACCACCAGUUUGUCAGGCACAUUCAGACUGUCUCAAUCUUAUUUAGAUUCAAUACAGCAUCAUACCUUGAGUGGACCAUGAGUAGAUGUCAGCUGAACGACUCCACUACAGAACUGGAAACAUUGUCUAAGAACAGGGGUGCAGCCAAAUGCAGUACAGUGUAUACAUUAUUAAAUUAAAUAUUAACACAGCCACCAAAAAUUUUGUUUUAAUUUAUUUAUUUUUUAAUGUUUUAUUUAUUUUUG